UAUAUUUGAAUGAUGAUGGAAGCGUAUACAGUAAGCUAAAACCUAACCAAAGACACCAGUUUCAAAACUCUGCUUCCCUCUUCAAUCUUCAUCAUAUACUCUCUCUCUCUCUCUCUUCUCUCUUUCUCUCUCUAAAGUAGACAAGACAAGGCAAUCAUGCCGACGACGACGCCUGAAAGUGGAGGGAAAGAAGAGCCGUUCGAGAAAGACGCGCAAGUAGAGGUAAGCUUCGAGGAGGAGGGUUUCCGCGGCUCCUGGUACACAGCCACCGUCCUCCGGCCACCAUCCUCCAGGAAACCUCGCAUUUCCGUCCAAUUCCACACUCUCACCGUCAAAGACCCCCUAAACGACACCACCCACCCCCUCCGCGAGUCCGUCGACCUCAUCCUCGUCCGCCCUAUUCCGCCCCGCGAAUCCCGACGCAGCUUCCGCGUCGACGACGAUGUCGACGCCUUCCACAACGACGGCUGGUGGGAGGGCAUCGUCAUCGCCGUUAUUGACGGCGGCACUCGUUACUCCGUCUACUUCCGCUCCUCCCGUGAGCAGAUUGAUUUCCCCGAGUCUCUGAUUCGCCUCCACCGCGAAUGGGUUCAUGGCAAGUGGGACCCUCCUUUGGAUCAAAACGCUAAAGUUGAUGAUCAAAGCCCAUGUGUCUGAAAUAAAUUAGAUAUUCUCUAUUGAAGAUUUGUGCCGUGUGUUCGAUGAUUUUGUAGUACGUUGACCUGGAUGAGUGAGGUGGUUUGAUCUGAUGUCGUUAACAAGGUGGCAGCUUCUUUACAUACAAUGUAAAGAUUCAAUGUCCAAAGAUAUAUCUUCUUUUUUUUGUGGAUAAAAUAUAUAUUAGUCGAAUUCCUGCAAAAAAGAAAAAAGAUUUCGGAUUUAUGAGAUAUGGUGAUAAUUCUGUUACGUGUAACUUAUUUCUGAGGAAAUUGAUUGCACGAGUAAUAGUUUAAUUAUGCAGCACUCAGAUCCAUCUUCUUUUGAUAAUUACUCUAGGCCAUUCAUCUACUGUUAUUCUUGCACCAUAAAGGCGAAAUCCGUCGCCCCCGGGCACCGACAAAUAUUUGCCGGAGGAAUGUAAAUCAGGUGAAUCAAAUAUGUUGUUAUUCGUAUUUACAUCUCAUGUUAUUGUGCUUGAUUAGUCAUUGUCACAAUUAAUUAAAUUAGAGUUUGUUAGGUGUGCUGUAACAACAUGUUCUCUCAUAUGUUUGUUACUUUGGAUGAAGUGCUAAAAUUACAUUAUUGUGCAAUUUGUACUGAAACUUCACUAUCAUGUGCAAUUGGGGAUAUGGGAUGAAUUAAUGCCUAACUUUAG